AUGUCUGGAGCCACAUACACCAAUGCGCGAAUGAACCGAGGGAUCGCACCCAAAAGCUCUGCGCCACGCUAUGCCUUGAAAGCACCAGAGCGACAAGUCGCUUUUCGACUAGAACAUAUCGCGACGGAGAAAACAAUGCUACUUCUCAAGCCGCAUGGCGAUCCCAAGUCGGAUAAUGCAUAUAAGAUCUCGGACGAACACGGCUCUCUCGCAUUCACAGCGACUGGCCGGAAAUACCAUGAUCGCUCCUGUCGAGAACUCCGUGAUUCAUCCGGCUUACCGUUAUUCGAUAUCCACACGAAGCCGCUUUCAAAUCCUUUGGGUUGGGUCGUUACCUUGCCUGGGAGCAAAAUCAGCGACAUGAUAAUAGCGAAGGCGACACCGAAGUUGGCUUGGAAUAGCAUCAACUUGAUCUUCUCGUUUCGGAAUGGCGCGGCCGAAGAUAGAAAAAGCGAGGAGGAUAAGCAGCUCACGCUUACGGUUAAGAAACAUGGGGAGGCGCUGGCCUUCUUUGAUAUCGUGGAUGGGGACAGGAGGAUUGCUGAAUUACGCGAGAGUAUCACCCACAAUGAGCGGUUGGUUUUAAGGACAACGAAGCGCGGAGGAGGCCAUCGCCCUGCCUUAGAUCUCAUUGUCAGUCCUGGUGUGGAUAUAUCACUAGUGACGGUAAUUGCGGUCAUUGUGUCUGACUGGUUCUUCGGAUCAGGUUAA